UUGCACGAAUUCGCCCAUUUCGCAAACAAAGUCAAUCUAUGGAGAGUAUAAAAAUCGCGUUUUGAUACAGAAAAAACAACAGUUUUCAACAAACCUGCAUAAUGAAGCUUCUUCUAAUAGGAUUGUUGGCGGUCUUGCUGGUCUGUGGACUCCAGACAAGAGCAGAGAGAGACGAUUUGACCAAUGGCGAAAUACAGGAAGCUGAAGCGCGGGCAAAUAAAACUAGUGCUUCAGACAAAAAAAUCUGCGAAGGCGUGUGUGCAGAAUUUGAAGGCGACGAUUUAGAGAAAUGCAUGGAUGCGUGUGAAGUAGAUACCUCCAGGCAGAUAGCAGGCGAUGAUGGUGGCGACGAUAAAGGAAGCCCGAAAAGAAAGAGGUUCGUAAGGGUUCGUGUUCGCGUUUCGCCUCCCACGGUGCGAGCGAGGAUUCGGAUUGGUGGGAAAAAAAAACGGUCAGUCGAGGUACCAGAGGCGUAACGGCGUUCUUUUAAAGCCACAACGUCAAUACAGCGAACCAAGAGAACGCAAACUUUGAAAGACGGGUCACCAUAGACGGCAAAAAAUAUAAUCACUAAACAGCAAUCAUAUAUGGCUAUUGAAAGACUUCCAGAUAUAUUGCAAAAUAUAAAAAAUGCGAUUUUCUGCCAAAUUAAAGUAUAAUAUAAAACAUUGAGUUUCAA